AUGGACGUCUCCGCCAAGACACAGUCUCUGGACGACCUGUCGCGGUACAAGUCCACGCAGCGGAGGAGCGACAACAUGAUGAAGAACCUGAGGCGAAGUCUGCAAGAGGAACGGUGGGAGACGAACAGUGCAAAGCUGGAGAAGAACUUGUCUUCCACUUAUAACUCAAAUAGUAACUCGCUAGCACAGGGUGGAGAGUUUUAUAGGUUAAAUCGCUCUAACAUUAGGCGCACGUUGGACGCAAUGGACGGCUCACGAAAGACGGUAAGGAGCCGGUCCCUGUUAGAUGCCUCAACCACGAGCAUGUCGCAGUCAAGCCUCUCAGUGGUCUCGUACUCAUCUCUGGGGAAACAGAAGAAAAAGAAACAGAAGAAACGCUCAUUACAAGAAACGUCAUCCAGGAAAUCGAAGAUGAAUCUGAGUACUAGUAUUCGGACCAUUGAAGACACAAAGGAGGAAGUUGAUGACAGUAACUUCUUCGAUAGGUUCCAGAGGAAGGGGAAGUUUUAUAAGCGGACGAAGUUUAUCAUUGUGAUGUCAAGGGUUUACCACGAACAGUCGCAAAGGGUGAAAGAUGUGCUGAGCCACUUCGAUGCCAUGGAUGAUUCGCUUGAAGACAUCGACCUGUUUCAGACAGCCUUCCCAAGCAUGGAUCUCAUGUUUGAUGUGACGGACUAUAAGCCGUCCUUGAAGGGUCGCAUAUCUAACGAAGUGAAGCGGGUACUCUCAAUACCCCCCGGACAGCGGACAGAGAAGGAGCUCCAUGCAGUCAGGGUUGGGCUGAUCAACUACCCGACCAUCUGCCAAUACCCCGUACAGAUGCAGCAAAAGAUUGCCGAAAGGGGUUGGUAUGAAGGACACGCCGCUCGCAACGUGAUACUCCGGGAGGGCCACAGUGUGCUCUAUUUUUACGUCAUACUCUCUGGAUCAGCUGUUGUUGUCGUGCUGACCCCUGACCGCACCAAGGUCAGACGUGUGUGCACCCUCAGGCGCGGCGACAUGUUUGGGGAGUUGGCCAUCGUCAACCGCACACGCCGCCAGUCUUCGGUCAUCUCGAGGGAACACUUGGAGCUACUGGUGCUGGAUGAGAGCGAUUAUAAUGAUAUCUUCUUGACUGGAGGCCUCAACGAUAUCAGCGACCCUUUCCUCAAAAAAUCCAAGUAUUUGGAUGGAUGGCCACUGGAGUGCCUUCGAAAUAACACAAAAAAGGCGAUGUACAGUUACUUUAAGCGCGGCACAGUCGUGGUGCAGAGUAACAAGUUCUCAGACUGGUUGUACUUCAUCAAGUCCGGCAGCUGUAAGGUCCUUCUCAAGCUCAAGAACUUUGAUCCCAGGAGGAAGAGAGAGGACGAGACAGCUAGGAAAAAGCGUCAAGAAAAGGAGGACCUGGAGGACUUGAUCUGUCACCUUCCCCACUCCGAGCAGCUAACAGUCCGUCUCGAAGAGGAGAAUCUAAAACUAGAGGCACAGUCGUUCACGUAUCAGCUGCUCCUUCCUGACAUCAACGUACCAACAAAGCCAUCUUACAGAAAGAACAACUUCAGGAGAUCAACUGUGAAGGAGGCGGAUGGAGAGAAUAACGUGACCCCAAGAAGAAAAACAAAUGCUUCAUCAAGAAGGUCCAGCAUAGCCUCCAUCGUCAUGAAACUCCCGAGUAGAAUGCCCACCAUGUCUUCUCAGGCUCCGUUCCUGGCCAAGACGCCAUCAGCUGCCUCAUCGGGCAAGCGAACACCCGCGGUACCAAACCUUUCCCGACGACUAUCGAAGAGACGACCUUCAGAAUAUGAAAGCUUUGUGACAAUCUUGGAGGAUGGCAAGAUCGAUGGUCACCGGACGAUAACCACAGAUCUGAAUAGGGAAUACUUCUCAAGCUUGGCGAGGCAGAAUCGGGACAAAAACGACCCCGAUGACGUCACGUUUGUUUGCGUCAUGCAGCUGAGCGAGGGCGACGUCUUUGGUAUAGCAGACGACUUGUACGAGAGCCAACCAGAGGUGAGCCUGAUCAGCAAUGGUGCCGAAUGUCUCCUCAUCAGUAAGAAACUCUACUGGAACAACAUACCUCCCCUGGUCUACACCACACUAAAGGAUAAGAUCGCGCCGUACCCGAGCCUGGAGCAGUACACAGAUAAGCUUUAUGCGGCGGAGGACUGGAAGGCCCACACCAAGGAGAACCUGAGAUCGAUGCUUCAAGCCAUCAAGGCAAGGAAGACAGACGUACACGAUGCCAGGUCGUCCCUUCCCGUUGAGAGGGAAUUCGGUAAUCUUAGGAAAUCUGUCAACCAACCAGAUGGUUGAAAGCGAAAUUAUCAAAACAAAUCUCAGAUCGCACAUUGGCUAUAUGUAUAAUGAGAAGCUUAUCAUUUUGUCACGCAACUGCCGAUUUGAAUGAUAAGUGUAUCAAUCCUACGGUCGCUAGUCAAGUAAGUUCGAAGGAACCACACCAUUUCAUUCCAACCCUGGGUAUGUCCUCUGAAUGAAUCCAGUCUCCUAUAUAUAUGUUUAGUCGUAGGGAGCUCUACCGUUUCAUCCCCAACCUAGGCAUGUGUGCACAUUCUUAUGACAAUCCAGUCUCUAGGGCUGGAUGGGUUCCACAGUUA